CUGUUCACUGAAGAAUGACACAGCAGUAACCUAGCCAGAGUUUAUGCUGGAAUGGGAGCUCUUAAUCCUCACUCCUCAGUCUCUUGCAGACCACCAAGGAGAUAAGGUGGACACAAUGGAAUGGAGCUUCGAGUCUGUGUUGGUCCAGGGAACCCUGGCUCUAGCAAUGCUUCUGGGCCUCCUCUACUCCUACAUUACCCGUCUGUAUGACUACUGGAGCAAACGAGACAUACCCCACCUUGAGCCUUCCUUCCCUUUUGGAAACAUCAAGGACCUGAUCUUUGCCAAGAUUGACAUUGGCCGGUUCUAUGAGAGGUUUUACAAGAAGUUCAAGGGCCAUAAAUACGGAGGAAUCUAUGAACUCAGGAGACCAACCCUGAUCCUGACCGAUCUGGACAUGGUGAAACAAGUGGUCACUAAAGACUUCAUAUUCUUCGUUGAUCGCGCUUUACCCCCAAAAUCAUCUCAUGAUGUCCUCGCCAACAAUCUUUUUGCCAUGGAAGGACAAGAGUGGAAAGACAUGAGAACUAAGUUGACACCAGCAUAUUCCUCUGGAAAGAUGAAACUCAUGUAUACACUCAUUGAGGUGUGCUCGGAACAGUUGAGACAACACUUGGAACCUUUGGCUGCAAAGAACGAAGUAAUUGACAUUAAAGAGUUGAUGUCUCGAUUUACCAUUGACAUUAUAGCGUCUUGUGCAUUUGGACUGGAAGUUAAUACUUUGGCAGAUUCCAACACAGACUUUUAUGAAGUUAGUCAAUUGAUUUUCAAACAAUCUAAAAGCUUUUUUCUAAAGCGGUUUUUUAUGUCAACAUUUCCUCGACUAGCCAAUCUACUCAGAAUGUCUCUUAUUGACUCAAGAGUUAAUGAUUUCAUCAUGACCUUAGUGAAUACAACGGUUGGUUACAGAGAGAAAAAUGGUGUUAACCGUAAUGACUUCAUGGACCUUCUGAUAAAAGUGAAAAAUAAUGCUUCUUUGGAUGAAAAGCUGACCAGUAAAGGAUGUAACUCUAUAACAAACAAUCUAACACUGAAAGAGAUGGCUGCUCAAGCAUUUGUGUUCUUUGCUGCUGGCUUUGAGACUGCAGCAUCAACCACAACGUUUGUACUCUAUGAACUUGCCCGGAACCCUGACAUCCAACAGAAGUUGAGACAUGAGAUAGACGAGACCAUGGAGAAGUACGGAGGGAAGAUUACCUACCAGGCAAUGCAGGAAAUGCCAUAUAUGGAACAGGUCCUUAAUGAAACACUUCGAAUGCAUGGGUCAGCACCAAUUUUGGUCCGGAAAUGUACUGAACCUUAUAAGAUUCCAGACACUGACAUAAUUUUAGAUAAGAAUGUGAAGAUUGUCAUUCCUUCAUAUGCAAUCCAUCAUGAUCCAGAGAUUUACCCAAAACCUUUUGAGUUUGAUCCAGAGAGAUUUACAGAAGAAAACGUUAAAAGUCGACAUAAUUAUUCCUUCUUACCAUUUGGAGAAGGACCUAGAAUGUGUAUUGGAAUGAGAUUUGGUAAGAUGCAGGUGAAGGCUGGAUUGUGUACAAUAAUCGCAAACUUCGAGUUGAGUCUCACACCUGAAACUCCAGACCCCGUGGAGAUUUCCCCGAACACUGUAGUCACUACUCCGGUUCACCCAAUCAGGUUGAAGAUUAUGAAGAGAACCUGAGCUCAUUUAGUUUAUUAGUUUGCUUUUAAGACUAAUUUAAUUUUUGGUUUUAACUAGGACUUUGGCAUUUUGCCUACCUGUUUUCCUUAAAUGAUGCUCAGAUUUUGAUACGCAAGGAGUUAGAUUGCAAAUCAAGCUAGUGAUUAGAAUUUAAACUACUUAAGGACAUACAAAAUUUCUUUUUAUUAUUAUUUACUUUACUGUUUAUGAAUAUUCCUUAAUUCUAUAAUCAGGUGACCAAAUAAUGAAAUUAGUUGAGUUCAUAGUUUAAUUUUCAAAUACUUCAGUCUGUUCAAUAGCUUGUACGCCAAAUUGGAACAACACAAUAGUUCUUUUCAGGCUGACAAGGUACCAGGUACAGCAAAAACUGUGAUGUACCUACUUACAUCUGGGCAACCCCGUGGAUGCCCAGAAUGGCACAUUACUGACCACAAAGGUCUUCCCCAGGAGUGGGUACAGCAAAAACCGAUGUGUCACUUAAAUCUGGACAACCUUAUGGGUGUCCAGGAGUAGCACAUCACUAACUACAAAUGUUGAGAUUCUGGAGCACAAGGGUAAUUUGAUAGGUCUAGUCUACUGUGGAAGAUGACUGUUAGAAUGGACGGUGCUUCCUUAGUGUAAUAGAACUAGCCUCAUCUUUUUCCAAAGUGAGAUGACUGAGAUCUAGAGCCCUCUAUCUCUCCUCUCAACAGAAGAUAGCUUCCACCACCAAUAAAUUUUAAGGGGUUUCUUUAAAAAAUGGGGAGGGGAGGCUUGAGCUACCUGAACUCAUCUUAUAAAUGCCCAUGUUCUGAAUUAACCUAAUAUUUUAUAGUUCCUAAGUCUCCUAAUACUGAAUAAUAUAUGUUUGUUAAAUUUAUUUUAUUUUUUUCAACAGCUGCACGUUUUGGUAAAUUUGGUAUAGUCAAAUGUGAUAUUUAUUUCAAUCAGUAUUAUUAUGGUAGUGUUAGUAAAUAUGAUUAUGUUGUAAGUAAAUAAGGUAUAACAGUUAGAUAUAAUAAAGAAUUGUUGUGUUAUAUAUGAAAUUGCACAAAAAGAAGUUGUAAACAUAGGGUACAUGUAUAGAUUUCGAUUUUAGUACAUAUAAUGUGUACAUUAGAUUUAUAUUGUAAGUUAAGUAAGGGUUAUAACAUUUAGAUUUUGCUAUCUACAACUUAAAACAAUAUGUUAAAUACUUAGAUUUAAGUUUAAAAUUCAAAUGAAAAAAUAAUGAAUGGAAAAAAAUGGUUGGUGGCGAAGUCUUGUGCUUAUUUAAUAUGAUUCUUUUAUUUUGUUAACAUAUUGUUUUGGACCAAUAAUACAAUAAAAAAAUCUCAUGUUUCACUGA